AUGAAAAUACAAAAACAACCAACACAAGAUAUAUUUGAUGAUCUAUGUAGUGAUGCUGUAGAACUUGAUCAAUUAGUUUCGCAGAUGAAAGAUUUAAUGGUAGAAUACGUGAAUGAAAGUCGAAAGUCCGGUGCCUUAGUGGUAGAAUAUAAACCACCAGAAGAAUUAGAGACUUUGAUAGAUCUGGAUUUGACAUAUACGGGAGUUGGUAUUUCUGGAUUAAUGCCAUUAUUGCAUAAUGUAUUACGUUAUAGUGUCAAUACAUGGAAUCCAAAGUUUAUGGAUAAAUUAUAUGCAGGAACCAAUCCUGUUGGGAUUAUCACGGAAAUGUUAAUAACAUUAUUAAACGCAAAUUCACACGUUUAUCACGUUUCUCCGGUUUUGACGUUGAUGGAAAAUCAUGUUUCAGAGAAACUAGCAAGAUUAUUAGGAAUGGGUGAGAAAUCAGGAGGAAUAACGUGUCCAGGAGGUGCAUUUUCAAACCAACUUGCAAUGCUGACAGCAAGAAAUCACAUGUUUCCCGAGAUAAAAACUAAAGGGUAUUAUAAUUUUGGCAAAAGAUUAAUGUUAUUUACUUCUGAUGCGGGACAUUAUUCCAUUGAGAAAACUGCUAUGACAUUAGGAUUAGGAAUCGAUAGUAUCGUUAAAGUAUCUUGUGACGAUCAAGGAAGAAUGCGACCUGAUGAAUUAGAAAGAUCAAUUAUAAAAUCAUUGGAAAGGAAAGAAACCCCAUUUUUUGUUAAUGCAACUGUUGGAACUACUGUUUUGGGAGCAUUCGAUCCACUAAGAGAGAUCGGAAAAGUCGCUAAACGAUAUAAUUUAUGGUUUCAUGUUGAUGGAUCAUGGGGCGGAAGUCUCAUAUUUUCUGAUAAACACAAACACAUGAUUGACGGUUCAUCUUUGGCCGAUACAUUUGUUCUUAAUCCACAUAAAUUACUUGGAACACCGUUACAAUGUUCAUUCUUACUAGCAUCAGAUCGACAGAUAUUUCAACAAUCUAAUUCACUAGGAGCAAAAUAUUUAUUUCAUGAUAAUAAAUAUGAUUUAGGAGACGGUACAGUUGGAUGCGGUAGAAGACCUGAUGCGAUAAAAUUAUUUAUCGGAUGGAAAAUAUUCGGUAUAAUAGGAUAUAAGCAAAGGAUAGAACACGCAUUUAAAAUGGCAGGAUAUUUAACUAAUUUAAUAAAAAACAAUAAUAGAUUUAAAAUGGUACUAGAAACUCCACCAAGUUUGCAGAUAUGUUUUUGGUAUAUACCUAAAGGAAUGGAAUUUUACGGUCAAGAUGAAAUAGAAAAAGAAUCCAAUAAAUUUCAAAUAUGGAAAGAAAAGUUGUCAUUGGUAACCAAAGGCAUUCAUAAAAAAUUACAGGAACGUGGUAGAUUUUUGUUCGAUUACUCUCCUUUUGAAUUGAAUGGAAAGGAAUUACCUUUAUUUUUUAGGGUGGUGAUAAAUGCACCUUCUAUUAAUGAACAUCAUUUAGAUGAAUUGGUAAAAGAAGUUGAAAUGAUUGGUGAAGGUAUAUUAGAAUAUUUAGAGAAAAAUAAUAAAUUUCAAAAUGGAUUAAGUUUGGAGAAUCAAAUAACAAAUGAGAAUCAUUCUAUGAAUGGUAAUGGACACGUUGGUGAUCAUAGAGCAUCAGGAAGGACUAAUGGUAAUAGUAGCAAUAGCAACGGAAUAAGCAAUGGACUUCAUCAUAUAGAACAUGGGUAUUGA